UGAAGGACGCUUAUUGACCGAGUCAAAAUAUCAUAUGACGUAUGGCUAUAGAUAAUUUCUGCUGAGACGAGAGGGGUCUUCAUCUUCCCAACAAAAAUGGACCAAAACAUUCCCUAUUACAAGACACUAGCAAAUCGAAAAAUUGACGUAGCGAAGAGGAAUUUGGUGUCUGUCUGUAGUUUAAGUAUAAAGAGUCUGGUUGAUAAAGCCUGUUUCUCCAAUAUAGAUGACGGUUGUGAAGAGUUGAUUAAUUUUACCGCCAACCUCGAACAAAUUCUUCUACAUCAAAUCAAACCUCAGAAGAACUGGUAUGGAGGAGCUGAAACACUUCAUUUUUGGGGUUAUCUACGGACUGCUUGUAAAAAUAUACCUCAGAAUUGUAUCAACAAUAUAGAUAGUAUAGAAAACAUUAAAUCUACUACUGCUAAAGGUCGGGCGUUUAUUCGAUGUGCGUUAAUGGAGAAACGAUUAUCAGAAUAUUUAUCAACAGCCGUCAAACAGACCAAAUUGACCAAGAAGUUUUAUAUGGAUGGGGCUAUUAUGUUGUCAGAAGAAGCUACAAUGAUAUGUGGAGUUUUACUGGGUUUAAACGCCAUUGAUUUCAGUUUUUGUUUAAAAGGUCAGAAUAUCGAUUUACUUGGACCAUUAUGUGUAGAUUACACUCCGUAUCUUAGAUAUCAACAGAGUUUAGAGAGUACAACACGUGAUGAAGAGGAGAUGUAUACAUUGAGUAACUCAAGUCGAACCAGCAGUAUUCUCACAGACGAUUCAGAAAACUCUGAUAACAAAUGGAAACAGAAAUACAAAACCUUAGAGAACAAAUAUCGUGGUAUCAGUGAACAAAAGGGAUAUCUGGAAGAAUUGUUGAGAAUGAGAGAGAAACAGUUGGAUGAGGCCAAUCUACAGAAACAAAGAUUUAUCCAGUCGUUAAGAGGAGUUGAAUUAGAACAAAGACGUGAACGAAAUCAAUUAGAACAAGUUAUCAUAGAACUACAAGCCCAGUUAGGAAGUUUGAAGUCAGAUCAUCAGAUUUUACAACAGAGAGUUCAUACAUUGACCUUGAGUAACCAGAUGGCGCUAGGACAAGUUAAAGAAAUACAGAUGGCUGAUAUGGCCGGUGAUCGCGUGGCUGAUAAUCAUCUGUUUCUAGAAAGUACGGCCAGUGAUCGACACAGUUCGACUAGUUCUGUAGAAGUGGGACGUCACGUUCCUCUGCGUGUCAUCGAGACCCCUGACACCCGCAGUCUUCUAUCGACAAACUCCGAGCAACUUCCCCAGACGACCAGAGAGGACUCGCACAGUCUGGUCCCCCUAGCAGGUUCCCUUACGUCACAGGGUUUCAAAUCUACUGGUGAAUCUGAACACAAAAAUGAUGUAGUCCCCGUUACCCAGUCAGUAACUGGUACCAAUGAGUUUGAACACGUAAAUCUCCAUGGUUACCAAGAUGCCGCUAAAGGAAUUGAAGACGCCAAGAGCGAUAUGUCUUCAGACACUAACGAUCCAAAAAUUGAUUCUUUAACUGUGGAAACGUCGCCGUCACCAAGGGAAGAUAACUCAACAGAGAGUGAAUCACCUGUCAUGGUCACAAGUUCAGAGUCAGUAACUAUGGAAACUCCACCUGAAAUCUUGGCACCUAGGGAAGGUAGCUCUACAGAGAGUGAUUCCCCUGUCAUGGUCACGAGUUCAGAGUCUGACGAUGUUGCGAAAAUUGAGAGUGUGGUAGAGGACAGCAAUUCAAGUGAAGAAGAGGCCAUCGAAGUUUCAUUGGAUGACAUCAAAUCAGAUGAAGAAACGAAAACCGACCAACCAGAAUCGAGAUUAAAAAAAAGUGAUGAUUCAUCAUCAAGUAUUGAGGAACCAGUUCUGCCAAACACUGAAGACUCCAAGAAAAGAAAUUCAGAUUCAGGAUCUUCCGAUUCCACGUCAUGGGAGGUAACUCAGGAUCGUGACUUUAAACAGACUUCUGGAGAUGAACAGCCAGAGAUUCAAAAUAAUGAUGAAGAUAAGUAAAUAGCCCCCCCCCCCCCAAAUAAAAAAUAAAAAUUGACAGCCAUUUCAACAAAUAUACAACUUCCCAAAAAUUGACAUCCAUUUUCAACUAAUAAACAACGCCCACCCCAUCC